AUGACGAUUAGCGCUAUAUUGGAAGAGAAAGAUGCAGAAGCCAAUCAAAGCCGUUUCGACAAGAGCUUCUCUUACGCCCGGUCGAAACGAUCGCCACGAGAUGGACCGAAUGGGUCGACAUCUAUUGCGAGCUGCUACUCGGCUGCAGCGAGGAUAGUGGAGACACAGUACCUGCAGUCGAUUCUGCCGCCGAGAGAAAAGUUAAUGCUUAUUGUGGAGUACUACGAACAGUACAUGAUGUACUGGCACGGCGGCAUCUACCAUGGGCCAAGCUUUCGAAAGAAGCUGCUUCAAGCGUAUGGUCAGUCGUGUGAGCUUGCUCUGCAAGACCUUGACUGGACAUGGGUAGCCCUCUUGUACGAGGAAACCAUGACGCCCGUCGCCGACACAGAAACUCCGACAAUCGUAGGCGUCGCCAAGUGGACCUUUGACUGCGCUGCGUUACUUCUCGACGUUCACAACGCUAUGGUGGAACUCGAGGACAAGGACGACGCUAUCAAAUAUGCCACAAUCCUCAAAUUUGAUGGCGAAAUGCGUACUUUUUGGCCGCAAUGGGUCGUCUGGGCGAAGCGGCUGCACCACGCAUCGACACAUCACAAGAUUAUUAUGAUCCAUCAAAACUUCUUGAGCAAGAGCUUCAAGGACGUCCGCUACACAUACAGCCGGUGGGCUUGCAUGAGCGCAGCGCAGAGUCUCAUCAGCUUAUACACCACUCGAGAAGCGCAAGAGCCGCAAUGGUGGGUUGAACAAGCUUUCAUCAUCACCGCUGGUAUUUGCCUCAUUCUGGAGCUCUUUCAUCGUGCUGAAGCAGACGCGGAGGCACAAGAGUGCCAUCUACAUGUCACGCGAGCUAUCAGGUACUUGCAACUGUUUCACACGUCAAGUGUUGCAGUACAUGGCGUGCGUCUGCUCAUGUCGCUUGUGGCAGAGUAUGAGAAGCUCAGGGAUGGAUCAAGCCAAAGGUCCACACUAUCAGCGGACACAGCAACCACCCAAACCUGUUCCUAUAUUCCCGGCAACACGGCUGGUAUUCCCAUGCCGGAAACUGACCGUGCGACUCAACAGCUGCCUCUAGAUUCUGAGGUUCAACCAACAUUCGCCGAUCCGACCACGUGGAAUUUCGAUAUCGACAGUCUGGGCUUCGAAGAUCUGAUGGACUACCUGCCUUCAGAAGGCUUGUUGAACAAUAAUGUCUUCAACGCCAGCAUGUUGUCUGAUACUGGAUGGCCGAUGUGUUACACAGCCACGGCAGACCCCGAACUCGACAAGAUGCUUGUGCUCGACGCACUGAGUAGCGGCCUCAACAUGUCCAUGACAGAGCUCCUCAGCAUCCUCGGUCGACAAGCCCCGAUCUCAAACCUUCUUCUCGGACCCGUCAUCAGACCACAGCAAAUCCCCAUGACGGCGGCAUCUCAUUCCGAACCGAGCACGCAUCUACAACAGAAGGCACCGGCGGCGAAGGAGGGACAGCACCUGUUGAAGGAGUUCCACAUUGUAUACUGGACCGCUUUGAGUCUCGUCGCCCUCAUCGCUAUAGCGGCUGUCUGGACGAAAGCUCACAUGGCGGCGCAAAAGGGUCGGAAGUCGUUCGAGGCCAAGAAACCUAUGUCGGACGUUGAGAAAUGGCAUAUGCGACGUCAGAAGGCCCGCGAUGAGGCGUCCAUGGCACUGGGGCAAGUGGAUGAUCAGGCUCCGGGUACGUGA